AGAGGAGUUAGAGGAGAACUCAGAGGCAAAAAGUUUAUCCACGAAAGAGAGGACUCUUGGAAGUUCUUUCAGCACACUGGAUUACAUCAAGAACAGUUUUCUGUGGAUUAAUGUUGCAUAGUUUAUUGGAUUAAGGAUUGCAGAAGGAGCUGAAGGAGGGAGUCAUGAGCAUCAUCUGCUCCUCUCUGGUACUUCUUACCAUCUUUUUGAGUUAUGGGGCUCGACUGGCAUCAGCUCAAGGUGUCAGCUGCCCAUCCAUCCAGGUAGAAGACUGGAAGUUUCCUCAGACUGCCAGACUCAACAUCACAGGUUUCAAUCUUGUGAGCCGUUUCUCCCUGAUGAAGAACAGCGAGGUCAAGAAGAUCCGAAACCCAAGAGGCCCUGUCAUCCUCCGCCUUGGGAAAGUCCAACUCAUCCAACCUACAAAUCAAGUGUUUCCUCUCGGACUGCCGGAGGAGUUCACCCUGGUCUUUACCCUGCUGUUGAAGAAGAAAAGUUUGAAUGAUAACAUUUACCUUUUCCAGAUAUCAGAUGAACAUGGUUAUCCUCAGUUCUCACUGGAUUGGAAUGGGCCAGAUGGCAACCUGGCUCUCCGGGUGAGAGCGGCUGACCCUGAAGGGUCCAUGGUGGAGUGCGUGUUUGAAGGUGAUGGUGUUGAUUCUCUGAUGGACAUGCGCUGGCACAAGGUGGCUUUGAGUCUGCAGAGAGAUGCUGCCUCCCUGCAUGUGGACUGCAGCUCCAUUGAAACCAAGCCCCUGGAGCUCCAUGGCCAGCUGCCCAGCAGUGGACACACACUGUUGGGUAUGAGAGCAACUGAUGCUAACCCUGUUGAGAUUGACGUGCAGCAGGUGAUGGUGUAUUGUGACCCUUCUCUGGCCAUCCAGGAGGCCUGCUGUGAGAUACCUGGAGCACGGUGUCCAACAGAUACCCCAAAGAGUCGGCGAGCUGCAGAGAACCAGAUUGAGUUUGUACCCAAUACCUUUGCUCAGGCAAUCUUUGGAUCAAAGGAAUUGGCAGAAAAAUGUGCAGGCUGUGUGUUGCUCAUUGAGGAACAGAGUGUUAUUCAGGAGGGUUACACAGGUCAACAAGGCAUCAAAGGAGAGAAAGGAGACCGGGGUUUGGACUGCACUGCUUCUGGAGUUCCUGGACGAUGCUCAGAAGGCACUAAGGGAGAGAAGGGAGAGUCGGGUCUACCUGCCAAUUGGGGGGAUGCUAUAGGUGUGAAGGGAGACAAAGGACAGAAAGGGGAGGCUGGAGCCCCAGGUGUGGCUGGAAGUCCAGGCAAAGAUGGUCGAGCUAAUCCUAUUUGUGUGGUGGGCCCUAAAGGGCAAAAGGGUAUUCCUGGUGUAGUUGGUCCAGAGGGACUUGCAGGGGAACCAGGCCACCCAGGGCUUCCUGGACUACCAGGAGUUGGCAAACCAGGACCACCAGGGCCCACUGGUGGACCUGCAGGAUCAAAAGGGGACAAAGGGGAUUCUGGCAUUCCUGGUAAAGAUGGAAGUUCUGGAGAACCUGGUCCGAGAGGAACUUGGGGCCCAAAAGGCGAGAAGGGAGAACCAUGUGAACCAUGUCCAGUGGUUUCUUUAAACUCUACAGGCAACACUGUGGCCCUUGAGGGCAAGCAGGGCACAAAAGGAGAACCAGGGCCACCAGGCAUAGGAGAAUAUGGUCCACCGGGUCCUCCAGGACUGGAUGGCAAAGCAGGAGAAAAGGGGGAGCCAGGAGCAAACGGGACCAAAGGGGACAAGGGUGAACCCUGUACAGGCUGCCCUGUCAUUGGAGAUCUUCCUGCAGGUAUUCUGAAUCAGUCUAAGAAGGGAGAGAAGGGAGAUCCAGGCGUUGGACAGAAAGGAGAGCAGGGAGAGCCCGGUCAAAGUGGCCUUGCUGGAUUGAAAGGGGAAAAGGGUAAUGCUGGCAGCAGAGGACCUGAGGGAAAAACUGGCAAACCAGGUCCAAGAGGGCAAAGUGGAAAGGAUGGACAGAAAGGAGCCAUGGGAGAUCCUGGACAACCCGGUAUAGGGACAUCUGGUCCAAAAGGUGAAAAGGGAGAGUCAUGUGGUGUGUGCCAAACCAAUUCUUCUGAGGUGGGAGGAGGCCCAUAUACAAUAAAGGUCAGAGGGGAGCCUGGCCCAACAGGGCCACCAGGAGAAGGAGUCGAGGGCAAGCAGGGGCCACCAGGACUUCAGGGGUUUAAAGGAGGGAAAGGUGAUCAGGGUCUACAGGGAGACCCAGGUGUGGCUGGUACACCUGGAACCCCAGGACUUCAGGGUGAACCAGGGAGAUACGGCCUUGAUGGACUAAAAGGAGAAAAGGGAGAUGCGUGUGACAGCUGUCCAUCUCUCCCUGAAAGAAACGGCAAUGUAGUUGUUUUACCAGGACUCAAGGGAGAGAGAGGAGAGCCAGGUUUGCCAGGGGAGGGCAGAGAAGGGAAACGGGGUAAAACAGGCUCACCUGGUGUCCAGGGGCCUCCAGGGCUCAAAGGCAGUCAGGGUGAUGCUGGACCUGCAGGAAUUGGUCUUCGAGGCCCACAGGGUGAGCAGGGGCCUAGAGGUUUUCCUGGAGCUGCUGGUCCUGAAGGACAACAAGGACCUGCAGGGCCAGUGGGACCAGUGGGGCAGAGGGGACUAAAGGGAGACAAGGGACCACCAGGGCCUCAUGGGCCAAUGGGAAUGGGAGCAAUUGGACCUCCAGGUAGAGAUGGUAACAAAGGGACAUCUGGAAUCCCAGGGCAGGAUGGAACCCCUGGAGCCACUGGGCCUAAGGGUGACAAGGGUGAACCAGGAGAGUGCAACUGUCUGCAUCAUACAUUCCCGGGAACUGGUGGGCCUGGUGUCCCAGGUGGUGAGAACAGGUUUCAGCCUGGUCCUCAGGGGCCUCCUGGACCACCAGGCCCUCCAGGUCCUCCUGGGCCCCAGGGCUUCAUUGGAAUCCCAGGACCACAGGGUAUCCCUGGCAUCGAUGGCCUAGCAGGGAAACCGGGCCCACCCGGCCAAGCACCUAUUGUUGAUCUGCCUCAGGAUGAAUCCCCCUCUGACAAUAAGGUGUGUAGAGAUUGCUCCAAGGGCCUACCAGGUGUGCCUGGCAUGGUUGGUGCUAAAGGCGAGAAGGGAGAUCAGGGCAAGCCUGCUGUUGUCCCCUUAGAAGGAUGCGAGCAGUGUCUAGAGCAGCUGCAGAGUGAGCAAACUCCAAGUGGGCCUACUGGUAACAACGGUCCAUGCUUCGGUUCUCCAGGGAUGCAAGGUUACCCAGGGACCCCAGGGGCCAAAGGAGAAACAGGUCCUAGGGGUGAGCGAGGACCUUUUGGACUUCAAGGAAACCCGGGCAAUAUUGGUUUGCCUGGUCAUCAAGGACCCUCUGGACUGCCUGGUCAGCAAGGUCAGAGAGGAACAGAUGGGCUUCCAGGACAUAAAGGUGAACAGGGUCCACCUGGAAAUCCUGGCUAUCCCGGAACAAUGGGACCACCUGGACUCCCUGGACUAAAAGGAGAGCGUGGCAGUCCAGGCAGUGUGGGGCAGAAAGGAGAAUCGGGCCCACCAGGAUCUCCAGGUUAUCAAGGACCAGUUGGUCCAGCAGGUCCUAAAGGGGAAUCAGGAACAGCGGGACCCGUGGGACCAAAGGGAGAUCAAGGCUUCCAAGGAUCCCAAGGAUUCCCAGGACAACCGGGCCCUCCAGGUUUCCCAGGAAAAUCAGGUCCCCCAGGCCCUCCAGGGCCACAGGCAGAGAAGGGUACUGUUGGAGUUCAGGGCCCACAGGGACCUUCAGGUCCCCCAGGAUCACCUGGGGCCCCAGGCAUGCCUGGACCACCUGGAAUGGAGGGACUUAAUGGAAAAGAUGGAAAACCAGGUUUACGGGGUGAGCCAGGACCAGCUGGCCCAGCAGCACUCAGGGGAAUACCGGGUUUCAAGGGCAUCAAAGGACACACAGGUCUCCCAGGAAUGAAGGGAGACAGAGGACCUCAAGGACCUUCUGGAGCAACAGGAAGGCCUGGUCUAGAGGGUGAUCCUGGCCUUCCUGGGCCACAAGGACCACCUGGAGCACCAGGGCAUGUGGGUGCUUCAGGUCCUCCAGGGCCAACGGGACCAGUUGGGUCAUCUGGAGUGGGUAUUAAUGGAGAAAAGGGGGAAGCAGGAGAGAGAGGAUUACCUGGAUUACCUGGCCUCCAAGGACUUCCAGGUUAUCCAGGACUGAUGGGUGAAUCAGGAAGUGAUGGAGCAGCAGGUAAAGAUGGAGCCGCAGGCCUGCCAGGAGAACCUGGUCCACAGGGACAGAAGGGUGAGGCAGGUACAGCAGGCCAGAGGGGAGCCCCAGGAGAGCGAGGACGUCCUGGCCCACCAGGAGGAGGCUUUGGGUUUGGCUCCAAAGGACCAGAAGGGAUCAUAGGACCAGCAGGACCACGUGGCGAGAGGGGAAGCCCAGGUUCACCUGGAUCAGCUGGGGCCCAUGGAUCACCAGGGAUCCCAGGAAAUGAUGCUGUUGUGAACUAUGAUGAUUUAAGGUCCUUCAUCAGACAGCAAGUCAUAAAGAUCUUUGAUGAGCGCAUGGGCUACUACAUGUCACGAAUGCAGAUGCCAGUUGAGAUGGUCGCAACCCCUGGUCGACCGGGACCCCCAGGGAAAGAUGGAAGUACAGGAAUCCCAGGGUCCCCAGGGAUUCCAGGCAGACCUGGGCAGAUUGGCCGCGAGGGAAGACAGGGGCCCAUGGGCCCACAUGGUGCCCCUGGUGUCAAGGGAGAGAAAGGAGAUAAUGGUCUUGGAGAGAUGGGAGACAGUGGUCCUCCAGGUGCUCCAGGUGUGCCUGGUCUUCCUGGUUACGGUAAGAUGGGACCACCCGGUCCUUCUGGUCAGCAGGGCAUCCCCGGGGUUUCUGGACCCCCAGGGACCCCUGGACAGAAGGGCAUGGAUGGCCGUUGUCACCCGUCAGACUGUGUGAGGAUGCCUGUGCAGUACAACCCCAAAGGUCCCGCUCCCAUGGGUCCCAUGUACUAGAAGAGCAUGUGAGAGGGUUAAAGAGAUGUAAAAGAUGGAGGAUGAUAUCCAAUGAUUGACAUUCUCGCAAUGACUUACAUGUACCUACUAAGGCUUCUGAGAAUAACCAUGGAGAACCAAAGGAUUAGUGUGCAUUUAUUUCACAAUGAGCAAGCCACUGAUGCCAGGCCACUCACUGGUUCAUCACCAAAGAGGACAUUCAUAAGUUGUUGUUUGCUUUUGAACCAGUGCAGAAUGGCUGUUAAUUCUCUACUACCACUACAACCAGUGCAAAAUGCAAAACCCAGUGCAUUGAACCUUCAACCAUAUCCCAAAAUGCCACACUUGCAUCAUAAAAGUUUUUGAAUAUGAUUUAUUAUAGCAAAUGGAAGACUCCUAGAUUCACAAGAUACUCUUAACUUUACAUGCAUGACGUCCCUCAAAAAUUGUCUAUAUUAGCUUAAAUUAUUAAUAUUGAUGACAAGAUUUAUUUACGAAUCAGCUUUCAGCAUUUUCAAUAAGCCUACAGGCCCCAGUAAAGAUAUCCGUUGGUUGAUUUUGACACCUCUCAUCAAUGCUCUUUGUAUUCUAUUAAAUACAUUUUGUGAAUUAAAUACAAGUUAAACAGAUAGUUUAUUCAAAAAUGAAAUGUAUUCACCCUCAUGUUGUUCCAGACAUGUAUGCCUUUUUUAUGGCUUGGAACACAAAAAUAACUGUUUGGUAGAAUUUUAGACUCUGUCACCAUUCACUUUCAUUGCAUUUUUAUUUUUAUUUUUUUUUCGCCAUACAAUGAAAGUGAAUGGUGACUGAGUGUAACAUUCUGUCAAACAUUUCUUUUUGUUUCGUGUUGAGUACAUUUUCAUUUUUGGGUGCAUUAUCCCUUUAAGUCCUGUCAACAACAUCUGUGGCAUGCUGAAAAUAAACAAAAAACUGUUGACACAUGCACAUACAAUGGAAGUCUAAGGGACAGCUGCUGCUUGCUUGCUAGGGCUGUUUGAUUCCAGAAAUUUGGGACCGACUCCAAUUCCGAUUCCUGGAGUAGAUUCCAGACAAAUGUUUUUGAUUCUGAAAAUAACGGGAGGUAAAGUUCAAUCUCAUAAUAAACAGCUCACUACUAAGCAUUCUUUGCACUAUUUAUAAUAGCAUGAAUUACAUUUACUAUUAAUAGGUCAAUCAUAAAAUUAAAGAACUACCACAAAUAAUCUUAAAAGCACCAUUCAACCUACGUACAUUGUAAUUGUCUGUUAUCACUCAUGAGUGGUUCAAAUUGGAAUGUACAGUAACUGUCCACUACCUUUUGUACUCUGAAUAAAAUGUCCAAACAAUACACUUUUUUAAUUAAAAAUCCAGGUUGUUGUACUGGUUUAUUUCAUACAAUUAAAAAAUAUAGCGAUUUUAUAACGUGUAUUUAAAAAUGUUUUACAUUUAUUUGAUCUCUUAAAAUCUUUUUAAAUACAAAUUGUUGAAAAUGUAGACUACUUAAAAAAAAUAUAUAUAUAUAUGGUGUAGUGGUCUAAAGCACAUAACUGGUAAUCAGAAGGUUGUAGGUUCGAUCCCCACAGCCACCACCAUUGUGUCCUUGAGCAAGGCACUUAACUCCAGGUUGCUCCAGGGGGAUUGUCCCUGUAAUAAGGGCUCUGUAAGUCGCUUUGGAUAAAAGCGUCUGCCAAAUGCAUAAAUGUAAAAUAUAGGUACAAAAGGUUUUAAAGCACUAAAAAUGUCAAGAACGAGGAGAGAAGUAUUACAUUGUCAUUUUUAUACAGUAAGUGCCGCACAUUGAUCAUUUAAACUUAAACAUACCGAUUUAUUGAUGUGAACUAGGAAGCUAACUCAACUCUGCCAUCUCCUUGUUGCAGACUUGUGUUGUUGUAACAUCAGGGAAGUUGUUUGUUAUCUUAUACUAAUUUACUGUCACAAAUUUGGCAUGUUAUUUUAAUAUCAACCAAAGUAAAAUACCAGCAAACAAUACAGGUCUGGAAAGCAGAUAAUGCUGAAUUGUGUGAUUGCUUCAUACAGAUAAAAAAACCAAAGGGGACUACAAAAGACUCAGAGUCAGGUUGAUGAUCGUUAAGAUGCAGCCAUUUUAUAAUUCUUUUUUAAAUUGUUUUAGUGCUGUUAGGCCUCUGAAAUAUGUAGUAGAUCAGUGGUUGAGGAAAUAAACACAGUCCAAAAAUAUCAACUGGUUUCCCCGAAAGGAAUCGACUCCAGCUUUGGAGUCGAUACCGACGUUUCAAGUCGAUUCUCGAUUCCAAAAUCGAUUCUUUUUGGAAUCGAUUCCCAGCCCUAAUGCUUGCCCAAUAGACUUCCGUUGUAUGUGCAUUUCUGUGUGCACAUCUAUUUUGUUUGUUGGUAAGGGGUGUAAGGUCAAAAGAUGGGUUGAAAUGAUUUUCUGUGGUUAUCAACAGAAUGCCACAGAUAAAAGAGCUUAACUUGUAUUUAAACUAGAAUAUUCCUUUAAGAAUAUUUUUGGCAGCUGCUAAUUUUCUGUUUUGGCAAAUGCAAUGUGGCAUAAUUAUUCCGCUCGGUUGCCAACAAAAAUUUCCUUCCACAGGUUGUUUGAAGACUGAAAUAAUAAUUUUGAGAUUAUCAUUAGGCAUAGAUAUGGUUCCUGUGAUUAAUUAUGUUAAUUAUUCAAAUUAAUUUCCCUGAGGGCUUGUGUUGUACAUAUUUAUAUUUAUAUGUAAUGGCUUUUUGUACAUUUUUAUAAAUUUGACAUCAGCAUGGCAGCCCUUGUUAUUAUCACUUUGUCUCCGAUACAGUAUUUUGGAAUAUUUUUAUGAGCUUCAAACAAAUGGACGUUUUGUAAAGGUAGGUUGUAUAUGCAAUUUUGGGUUGGAAAGCAAACUUGUAUACGUUUUUAAGUUUGUAUUUGUAUAAGAUUGUUAGUGACACUUUGUGAUGACGACAUUCCCACCAUGCUGGGCUCUUAAACUUGAAUUUACUUAUUUGAUAUGCAGUACCACUUGCCAGUGAACCAGCAUGUGCUUUUAGAAUGCUCUAAUCUUUAAGUAUGCUUAGCUAGUCAUCUUGAAAAACAUCAGUUCCCCAGCCUUCAUAGUUCAGUUUUCAUCUUCUCUAAAGCUAAAUGCCAACCACCAGAGAGCUGUUCACUGUUUCUCUGUAAUUCAGUACUCUUCUGCGGCAGGCAGUCCGAUUCUUUUAUACACUUUAUCCUCUCUUUGUCACUUUUAUACCCGCUCUGUGUGUGUGUGUGAGUGUAUUAGCUAUACUUAGCUAUAGUUUGGGGACGAAUCAGUCCAUAGUAUGUAUAAUAUAUGGGUUUCCUUUUCUAUACUUUGGAAACAACAUGGUCCUCAGAAGUUAGCUUAAUCUGAUAAAACAUCCCUUUGGGGACAUCCUUAAUUAGAAAAUGACAUAAAGCCAAUAAUGUUUUUGGUAACACUUUACAAAUAAGGUUCUAUUUGUUAAAAUUAGUAAUCAUAUUAGAUGUAAAGAACUAUGAACAAGAUAUUUUUACAGUAUUUAUUAAUCUUGGUUGGUGUUAAUUUUUAAAGAUACAAUUGUUCACUGUUGGUUUAAGAUAGUUAAUAAUGCAUUAACAUAUGUUAACAUACACACAUUUUAAUUAAAAAAAUGUAUUAAUAUGUGUUGAUAUUAACAUUAACCAAGAUUACUAUGAGCUGAAAAGUUAUUGUUCAAUAAUAGUUCAUGUUAGUUUACUUUUGUUUCAAAAAUACACCAUAUUGUAAGGAGUAGGUAGGAUAUUAUAAUUAGCAUUAUGUAAAAAGUUGAUGCUAUAUGUCCCUGUUUAGAUAUUUCAGACAAUCAAUUUGUGUACAUGUGUGUGAAGGUAGAGAGAAAGACUUUGUCAGAGAUUAUAAGUUUCUUUUUACUGAGAGCAAUGAGAAAUCAAAUUCUCAAAUUAUGCAGUUUUCAAAGUCAUGAAGUGAACGUUUUGAAUGAAUUUCAUAUUGGCUUUUCAGCCUUUUAUUUAUCCAAAGCUUUUACAAAUCCCUCCCAUCAUGCAUCUCCUCAUAGCGCUGUUUGUGUCAGCAAGUAAUUUGUGUGCAAAUCCUUUUUUGAAGAAACCUAAAAGCAAUAAAACUUUGAAAGCAGAAUUGUA